CUUCAGUAUGAUAAAUGUAUACAUAUUUAUAGUGCGCGGGUAUAAUACUCCUACUUUUUUUAACUUGAGAAAGAUAUUUCUUAAUAUGAUCAGAUUUGGAAAACAUUUUCCAGUGUUUGUGUUAUUUCUUCUUUUGUUAGUUAUAUGUGUGUUUUUCGUAUAUGAUAGAAUUUCUCGUCAAAACAUCGAACGUGAAUUAUACCGUGCAGUAACAGAUUUAGAGACAAUUCAGGAGCAGAACGCUGAACUGUUAACUAUUGUUUCAGAGACAACGAAGAAAUUGCAAGCAUGCCAGGAAGGCGCACAGAAACUAAGCUUAGACCUAGAUAGAGCGACAGAAAUGAUGGAAAAAAUGAAAAGAAAAGCAAAUGACAAUCAUCCGAGCCUGAAAGAAGAAAUAGCAAGAAGGGAAGUAGGACGUAGCACCAUAGAGUUUUUACGUUAUAUUUACAAUAUAAUCAGUAAACAUCAGCAUUUGGUGAAAGAAAAAGAAGGUGUUCUCAACGACAUUCUUGAAUUCCAAAAAAAAUUUAGGAGUGAUAUGAAUCGACUCGCCGAUGGCCAUGGCGAAUGGCGGAAGGAAGAAUCGCACAGGCUUGGGCUUCUCGUGCAGAGAAGACUUAACUACUUACAGAGUCCAAAGGAAUGUAAAAGCGUUAAGAAACUGGUAUGUAAGGUAAACAACGGGUGUGGUUUCGGAUGUAAAGUACAUCACAUCACUGCUUGUCUUAUAAUGGCAUAUGCUACACGGCGGACCCUUAUAUUGGAAUCAAAAGGUUGGCAGUACGCACGGAAUGGAUGGACAACCGCAUUUUUACCUUUAGGGAAAAACUGUACGGCGGACGGACCUGUGCCUAUAUGGAAAGCCAAUAGUAUUGAAGUCGACAAUGCCGAGGUCGUAGAGAUGGCAUCGAUAGAGUCCAUGUCUCGUCCUAGUUACUUCCCCCUUGCUGUACCAGAGGAUCUUGCAGACAGAAUCUUGCACUUUCAUGGUGACCCGGCGGUGUGGUGGAUUGGCCAGUUUGUGAAGUAUAUAACUCGUCCCAAUGAGAAAAUGAACGAAUAUCUCAACACUAAAAGAAUGCGUUUAAGAUUUACAACCCCAAUUGUAGGAGUUCAGAUACGCAGAACGGACAAAAUAGGCCAAGAAGCACAAAUGCAUCUUAUUGAAGAAUACAUGACCCAUGUGAAAGAAUGGUACGAUGUAUAUGAGAAGAAAGACCCUGGUGUUAGACGCAGAGUGUAUAUUGCAUCGGAUGAUCCAAAAGUUUUUGCUGAAGCUGUCGAAAAAUAUCCACAAUAUAUCUUUAUAAGUGAUAAAAAUGCAUCUAUAUCAGCGGCACUUAAAACGAGACAUUCGGAAGAAUCUUUGCGUGGAAUAAUAUUAGACAUCCACAUGUUGUCGUUAUGUGAUUACCUUGUCUGCACAUUUUCAUCUCAGGUAUGUCGAGCUGCCUACGAGUUGAUGCAGACACGUCACGGGGAUGCUUCUCAAUGGUUCAAGUCUUUAGAUGAUCUAUAUUACUUUGGAGGACAAAACAUGCAUCGUUGGAGAAUGAUCGAGCAACAUCAGAACGAUUCUUUAAAUGAGGGAGAUAUUAUCAAAAUACACGGGAAUCUCUGGAACGGUUUCUCUGAAGGACAAAAUCUGAGACUGAACAAAGCUGUACUAUUUCCGUCAUAUAAAGCUGUUGAUAUUGUUGAACGAGCAAACAUGCCCACAUACACGGAAGUUCCAGAAAUAUAAUAAUUGAAAUGCUUAACUUUAGAGCAUUUUCAGCGCAACCAAAGAUCAGUUAGGGUUUGAAGGAAAUAUCUAAUUAGCAAUUAAUUAAGUGAGAAUGUGUAUACAUGUACACUUUAGGGAUCGCCAUUUAGUUACUUAAUCAGAAUAAAAAGCCGAAUGCA